CAAAAGGACGAGGGGGGAAAGAAGAUCUGCCUUUACGCUUUCAACCCCAAUCUACAUGAUCCAACGAAGGCUGAGGAUGACCGUCGAGCUCAAAAGAUGACCAUCGUCGAAGCUGUAGCCUCUGCACAAGUCGAGAUCACUGCCCCCCGGACCACACAGCGCGCCUUUCAUCCCAGUCUUGGUCUGCCAGAAGAUCGGCUGGUGUAUCGACCCUGUCCCCUUUUUCCCUCGGCGGAGCACUGUCAGCCAGCAAACGGAGUCGAAGCUGCCGGACAUCAACAGCAUGACUUCUCAGUCAGGAUACCUCCGGCCUCUGUACCUCUGAUCUUCGCACACCGUCAAUGGCGCUCUGGGCUAAUCCUCGCCGAUCUCCUCGCAGCAGCAGCAGUAGAGGCCUCCCCCUCUGCAAGCUCACCAUGGAACGUCCAAGGUCUUACCGUGCUAGAGCUCGGCUGCGGGACAGGCAUUCCCGGCAUGGUAGCCCACAGGCUGGGUGGGGCCUCCUCCACCCUGGUCACGGACUACGAUGCUCCACCCUUGAUUGAGACGCUGCGUUUCAAUGUAGCUUCCAACUUUGAGCCUGCAGAGAUCAAGACGGGGAUAAGGGCUGUGGGGUUUAGCUGGGGCACCAAUACUGAGGACUUGGAGGAUACCAUGGACACGAUCCGCCGAGAGAAGAAGCGGGCUGGUGUCGCUCGAGGUGUGGAGAGCCAGGCGAGCAGCAGUGGUGGGAGGUUCGAUCGGAUUCUGCUGGCGGACUGCGUCUGGGACUCGCUCUCGCACGAGGUGCUGCUCAAGUCUGUCUCUCAGCUAUUGGCCAAGCCUGCACGAGCUCAGGAAACAGGCAAGGGCGGUGAAACACAUUCAACGCCUCUGGUCCUUCUCGUUUCGGGCUUCCACACGGGAAGGGAAACGCUUCUCUCCUUUAUUCGGCGAGCACACCGCUUUGGCUUGGUCUUGCAAGAAGCGCCUGGAAGCUCCUCCCUCUUGCCUGCUCUUCCAGCUGAGGAGGAACUCGUUGUCAAGCAGGAGCAAGCUCGUCUGGGAGAGGCAUCGUCCGCCUCUGCUUACCCGCUCUGGAAUGCACCACGCUUCGUCUGCGAGCUGGAGCUGGCUGCAGAGGACGAAGAGGAGGCAGAGGCGGGAGUGGCAGCGGGAGACACGGGCGCUCCGACGACGACGACGACGACGGUGAUAGAUGCGGGAAGGGCGCCUCGCCUCACCGGCCGACGAAGGGCCUUUGUGCUGGAGGAGAGAGAAGAGGAGAAAAAGGAGAAUGGCGGUGUCCUGAUUCGUAAUCGUUGGAUGACAGUCUUUGCGCUCGGUUGGGCGUGACAAUGGAGGGUUGACAGGGUCUACGAGGGAGGUGUUACAAGAGUGGGAGACUAGAGUACUGUACAAAUAGACAUCGCGAGUUCUGCAUACCAUUUCACUUUGCACUGGUACCCCUUCCGCGAGUUGAACCUCUCACACCGGCGGAUGCGCUGCGGGCUGUGGUGGGAGCUGGGAUACCGCUGGGACGACCUGCGAGUCCACCUCGAGCGGGAGGGGGAGCGCCCCUCCCGCGUGUUGCUGUUGUGGAUGCUCCUCCGCGUCCUGCCGUGCCAGCUCCAGUCGUCGUCGGCCUUCCUCUCACCCCGGUCCCCCUAC